AUGUCUCUUGUGACGGCAUCGCCACUGCUCCCACCAUCGGCAAUAUCAGCGCCGACAUCGCCCUCGCCGCCCUUUCCAGCAGCAAGCUCCCUUCAGCUCCUCACACUUCCCCUCGAGAUCCGUCUCCUCAUACUGCGUCACCUACUUCGAUCCCACCCCGAGCCAACAAUGACAUUCGCAGCCUCCGCAGACUCGGCCCCGUUCCCGCUCUGGGCAAACUAUACCCUCCAUCGCUCACGCACCUUCCCCACCACUGACAUCCUCCUCAUCUGCCGACAACUCAACAAUGAACUCCGUCAAGUCCUUGCUCCGCCCCUGCUGCAAGCAACGGCCAUCACCGCUGCCGGCAACGCGGGAUCCGCAGCAAAUGCAGCUCUCCCCACAACCCUUGACCUACGCCCAGCGGACCAUCUCAACACUCACGUCGCAAACUGUCUCCUUUCCGAGCUGGCCAAAGUCCCGCCCUUUUGGCGCCAAACCAUCGUCAUCCUGAAGCUCGACCGUGUGUGGUUUGAGAAACUCCCCUGGGACACUCUCACCGCACAACUGGAGGGGUUGAGGGAGGUAGAGGUCAAAUUGCCAAUUGCUUCCGCUGGGUGGGAGGCGGCGUGGCGGUGGAUGGACUGUUGGCGGGACGUGAAGAGCUGUGAGGAGCGAUUGGUGGGUUGGAGUCAUUUGGCGCCGGGGUUGCAUGAGGGUGUGAGGGCUUUGGGUGAGAGGAUGGUUGGGAGAUUGGAUCUGUUGGAAGGUGGUCCUGGGGAUGAAAGUGAAAUGGAGGGUGGAGGCGACGACGGCGAGGGUUCGAGAAGGCGGAGAACUAAGGUGAGAGUCACGGCGCGACAGCCGGUCAAGAUCAUGAAGGGGCAGGGGAAAGGGAUAUAUGUGGUCCUGAUAUACGACGUCGCAACACGUACUCUGGUGAGUGUGGACGAGCCAGUCGAGUGUGUUGAGGGCUGUUGGGAUGAGACGCGGGACAUGUGCAAGGCGAUGUGA